GAGAGAGAGAGAGAGAGAGAGAGAGAGAUAGAGAGAGAGGCUUAUUCAGUUCCUUUCCUCUUCUUUUCCUAACUUUAUUUCUGCAGGUCCCUCGAAGAUUGUGUGGCAGCCUUCGUCGAACGCAUCCUUUACGGUCAAAUCCAUGUACAACAGUCUUAACUUGAGUCGACUUCCAGGCGAGAAUGGCUUUCCAUACAAGAUGAUUUGGAUUCCUCGGGUUCCCUCGAAGAUAACUGCUUUUCUCUGGAUGGUCAUGCACAAGAAGAUCCUUACACAUGAUAAUCUACAGAAAUGAGAUGUAGGUACAACGGGAUGAUAUGGAAGACUUUUCAAUCUGUAUUGGGUUGCAUCGACAUUAUCAUUAGG